AUGAACCGUAGCAAGGACGAAAGACCAGAUGUUGGCACGUUGACCGGUGAAGAAGUGGCAAAGCACAAUUCUGCAGAAUCAUGCUGGGUUAUUGUACAUGGAAAGGCAUACGACGUGACAGAUUUCUUGCCUGAGCACCCCGGCGGUCCCAAGAUCAUUCUCAAGUAUGCUGGGAAAGAUGCCACCGAAGAGUUCGAACCCAUUCACCCCCCAGAUACCCUUGAGAAGUAUCUGCCUAAGGAAAAACAUCUGGGCGCUGUCAAUAUGGAGACAGUAGAGAAGGAGGUCAAAGAGGAGAGCCCCGAAGAAAAAGAAAGACAAGAGCGGAUCAAGAACAUGCCCCCUCUAGAAGCAUGCUACAACCUGAUGGAUUUUGAGAGCGUCGCCAAAGGUGUCAUGAAGAAGACGGCUUGGGCAUACUACAGCUCCGGCGCAGAUGACGAGAUCACAAUGCGAGAAAACCACUCCGCAUUUCACAAAGUCUGGUUCAGACCGAGGAUAUUGGUCGACGUCGAAAACGUGGAUAUCAGCACCACCAUGCUCGGCACCAAGUGUGACAUUCCUUUCUAUGUCACAGCCACCGCUCUGGGGAAACUGGGGCAUCCCGAGGGAGAAGUGGUUCUGACGAGAGGUGCCAAGAAGCAUAAUGUUAUUCAGAUGAUCCCUACGCUGGCGUCGUGUAGCUUCGAUGAGAUCUGCGAUGCCAAAGAGGGUGAUCAGUGUCAAUGGCUGCAGUUGUACGUCAACAAGGACCGAAACAUUACCAAAAAGAUCGUCCAGCAUGCCGAGUCUCGGGGUUGCAAGGGCCUCUUCAUUACCGUCGAUGCUCCUCAAUUGGGACGAAGAGAAAAGGACAUGCGCAGCAAAUUCGAUGACACCGGUUCCAACGUGCAAAACACCACCGGCGACAACGUCGACCGAUCCCAAGGUGCUGCCAGAGCCAUCUCCAGCUUCAUCGACCCCAGUCUUAGCUGGAAGGAUAUCCCCUGGUUCUUGAGCAUCACCAAGAUGCCCAUCAUUCUCAAGGGUGUACAGAGAGUUGAGGACGUCUUGAAAGCCAUCGAAGUUGGCGUGCACGGGGUUGUCCUCUCCAACCACGGAGGUCGUCAGCUGGAUACGGCACCGUCGGGCAUCGAAGUUCUAGCCGAAGUCAUGCCUGUCUUGCGAGAACGUGGUCUCCAAGACAAGAUUGAGAUCUUUAUUGACGGUGGUGUGCGACGUGCGACCGAUAUCAUCAAGGCUCUGUGUCUCGGGGCCAAAGGCGUGGGAAUCGGUCGGCCUUUCCUUUUCGCCAUGUCUUCCUAUGGUCUGCCUGGUGUGGACCGGGCGAUGCAGCUGCUCAAAGACGAAAUGGUCAUGAAUAUGAGGCUGAUCGGCGCCUCCAAGGUGGAAGACUUGACUCCGGACCUGGUAGACACGCGUGGGCUAGCGACUCAUACCGUCCCUGUUCCCAAGGACACUUUGGGCCUUCGAUCAUACGACCCACUGAUCACUGCACAUCAAAUGAUCAAAGCAAAGAUAUGA